GAUGUGCGACACGGAGCAGAUCACGGAAUCGUUUGCCUUGCACGGCAAGGCGAAGCAGCUGCGCCGGGAGAAGCUGCUGCGCUUUUUGAAGAAGCACGGCUUCGCCCAGGAUGUCAACGAGCCUCGGCUGCCCGGAUGCACAGCCUGGUUCACGACCAAGAAGGAAGUCGUCUACCCCAUUCAUGUGGCGGCGCAGCUCGGCGAUUGCCAAACCAUCCGGGCCUUGCUGGCUGAAGGCUCAUCGCCGCGUCGUGUUGUUUUUUGUAGGGUUUAG